AUGCUGAAAGCUUCAAAAUCAAUUUCCGUAGAAGAUCUCCAUUCAUUUUCGGAUCUCCAUCUGGACGACGAGGCUCAUGAGCCAGAGAAGAAAAGAAGAAUUCCAGGAAGAAUGAGAUGGUAUAUUUGUGCCAUUGUAACUGGAUUGAUGACACUUGUUCAAGCAAAUGUUCAUGUUUAUAAUUUCACAGUUUUAUGCAUGCAAGAAGAGCAAACGAGAAUGAUUAAUGAAAGUCUAUCAAGAAACGAAACAACAAUUCCAUCUACAUUGAACUUCAACUUCAGCAAAUUCGAACAAGAUCUUCUCUUCUCAGCUGCAUACAUUGCUCCUCUUCCAUCAAUUAUUAUUCUCUACUUUUUGACAAAUCGAUCCGGAGUCAAAGCGACACUCAUGAUAUGCUCAGUCAUGUCAUUCCUAUCAACAAUUCUCACUCCAAUUGCUACUCAUUACGGCUUUUGGUACUUCUGGGCUGCUCGAUUCUUCCAAGGACUUCCAACUGCAAUUCUUGGUAUCGUUGUGUCUGUUGUGACGUGUCAUUGGUCAACUCUCUCUGAGAAUGGAACAUAUGUCUCAAUCCUCGCAGCUCACUAUCAAAUUGCUCCAUUGCUGACAAUGCCAUUAUCUGCUUUUCUGUGCAAUGUGGGAGGAUGGAGUUCAGUUUAUUACACUCAAGGAACUAUUACAGCCAUUCUUAUUGUACUAUUUGCUGUGUUCUACACUGACAAACCAUCUGAAAACAGUUUUGUUUCAAAAGGAGAACUGAAAGCAAUUGAAGAUGGAAAGUCAUUAGAAGAGAAACACGUGGAAAAGAGUAAGACUCCAUUUGUGGCAAUUCAUAGGGACUCGGCUGUUUGGGCAAUCUGGAUUACAUCUGUUGGAGGAACAAUUGGAUUUUCUAUCUUCUUACAAUACGGACCAACUUAUCUCAAUAAGGUUCUUCAUUACAAUCUAUCGACAACUGGAUGGACUGCAGCGAUUCCAUAUAUUUUCUCAUGUAUCGCUAGAAUUGUUGCUCAACCAUUGUCUGCCAACUGCUCAUUCCUUGGUGAACGUCUCGCUGCUAUCAUCACAACGUCAAUCUCUCAAGGAACAAUGGCCAUCGCUUUCCUUGUUUUGAUGUUCAUUCCACAGACAUGGUCAUCAGUUGGACAACUUUGUUACAGUUUAGUAAUUGUUGCGAAUGGAUUGAAUGGAGUUGGAAUAACAAGAAGUGCACAAUUGGUCUGCAAACAACAUAUGUCAUUUGUCUAUACAGCAAGAGCAUUUUACAAUGGAAGUGUUGGAUUGUUCUUGCCUUUGUUGGUCAACCUGGUUGCACCAAAUGACACUCACAGCGAAUGGACACGACUCUUCUUGAUAAUCUUCUGCAUUGUUUUCGUUACAAACAUCAUUUUCAUCAUCUUCUCUCGUGCAGAAGCUGCUUCAUGGACAAUCGGAACAGCAGAAGUUGAUGACAGAUCAGAACAUGAUGUAGAAGAUCAAAAGAGUGUCACCACUGAAACUACUGUAGAAAAGUUCUAA